AUGCAGUAUAAUGAUGACGAUGAUGAUGAUGACGACGACGAUGAUGAUGGUGGUGGUGGUGGUGGCGGCGGCGGCGGCGGCGGCGGCGGUGGUGGUGGUGGUGGUGGUGAUCGCGAAGAAGAAGAAGUCAGUGCAUUCGACAUUCUCAAACGCGGAAGGAUUUUUGUGCCAAAAUUUGAGUUAAAUAUGAACGCCAUUACCCCCAAAAAGUAA